AUGGCUCCUAUCGAGUCCGGAUCCCUGGUGCUUGUCACAGGCGCAAAUGGCUUCAUUGCAGCACAUUCCAUCGCUUUUCUUCUACAAUCGAAUUAUCACGUCAGAGCGACGGUGCGUUCAACAGAGAAGGCAGAGGCUACCCGGAAUGCUCUCAGCACAGCAGGAGUGCAGAAUCUUACCCGCCUCCAACUAGUCGUUGUCUCUGAUCCGACAAACCUCGACGCCUUAGUUGACGUGUUAGGAGAUUGUCAGGCCAUUCUGCAUCUUGCAUCGGCAUUCAACUACGAUGCUGCCCCAGGAGAGUUUGAGGAAAAACUGAUGAUUCCCGCUCUCAGGGGUACACAAGCGGUUUGUGAAGCUGCUCAGCGGUGUCCUACUGUUCGAAGGGUGGUCAUCAUGUCCAGUUUCGCUAGUGUGUAUGACGCGAGUCUAGGACUGCAGCCUGGAAGAGUCUAUACGGAGGAAGAUUGGUGUCCACUAACCUAUGAAGAUGGGGUUAAUGCAUCGGCUGUUCCUAUCGCAUACCGUGCUUCGAAAGUGGUUGCUGAGCGUGCAGCUUGGGACUUCGUUAAGAGUAACGCAGUCAACUAUCAGCUGAUUACUCUCUGCCCAGGCAUGGUAUUUGGCAAAAUGAUACAUCCCAUCUCCUCUCUUUCUCAGCUAAAUGCGAGCAAUCAGAUUGUUUGGCAGGUGUUGAAUGCAGGCAGAGAUGGUCAGAUACCACCUACAAAGGCGCCUGUCUGGAUUGACGUCGAGGAUUUAGCUGAGACUAGCCACAGGGCAUUGACCUUCCCCGGCACAGGUCAUGAGCGUUUUCUGGUCACGAAGUCAUCGUAUGACACACAGGAAAUUGCAGAUAUCAUCCGUGCAGAACUGCCAGAUAGACACACAGUCCCGACUGGAGACCCUGGGAGGCGAAGUGCGGACACCCAUUAUUCCUGUGAUUCGUCUAAAGCGGAAACAAUACUUGGCGUUAAGUUUCGAGGGCUUCAAGAUUCUAUUGUCCCUUUGGCACGCCAAUUGUAUGAUAUGGUUAGUUGA